AUGUCUUCCAAACUCAUUCCCUCAGACCCUGACCAUGUCAUGGUCAUUCGCAAUGUCACGCCCAACAUUGCAACCUUCUCGGUACCCUUUUCACGAUUCGGAAAGGUCAAAAUCGGUGGUCGUGGCACUUUAGUCAAGCUUACUUCUGGAGGUCUCGCCGUUUUCUCACCAGUAGCUCUCACAAAGGCCACACAAGCCAAGGUCAUUGAGAUGGGAGGUGAUGUUCGCUACAUUGUUGCCCUCGACUAUGAGCAUCACAUUUUCAUCUCUGAAUGGGCAAAGGAAUACCCAACAGCCAAGAUCAUCGGCCCAGAGGGUCUGCCUGAAAAGCGCGCCAAGCAGGCCGACGACCCCAAGAUUGGCAACGAGCAAUUUGCCGUUGUCUUUAACAAAGAGACCAAGCGAGAAACUAGGAUCGACCCGGAAUUCGAUACUGAUUUCGAUUACGAAUACGUUGACGGCCACGCCAACCUCGAAAUUGUCUUUUGCUACAAACCCGAGCGUGUCUUGAUUCAAGCUGAUCUGCUCUUCAACCUGCCACCGACUGAGCAGUACAGCAAGGUCCCUGAAGCAGAGCUCCCCGGUGAUGGAGCUGUCGGCAAGCUUUUCGCCUGUGUUCAGAACCCCCGUGGCGAUACCAAGUGGCUGCAGCGCUUCAACUGGUAUUUGCUCGCAAAGAACCGUAACAGCUUCAACGACAGCAUGGCCGUUAUCGCUCAGUGGGAUUUUACUACCAUGAUUCCUUGCCAUGGAGAUGUUUUGGAAGGCGAUGGAAAGGAAGUCUUUAUGAAGGUGUUUGAUUGGCAUAUCCAGGGUGGUAAAUAG